GAGUUUACAUGAAUCUUGAAUGAGAAUGUAUCUGCAUUGACAACUUUCAUCAUUAUUUGGGAACAGAACGACUCUUGAAAUAGAGAAGAACGUAGAAUGAUUUUGUCAAACACUCUUCACGUUCCAUCUGGGGCAAGGCACAGGAAAUAUAGAAAUUCAAGAAAUUCAAAAAGAAAGAAAAGUCUGCCUGAUCAAACGUACGGAGAAAAUCCGGUUUUUGGGUUAAUACAGUAUACUUGCAAUACUAUCAUUAUUUUGUCAGGUGUUCCCGUAUAAUGAACGUGUCGGUCAUUAGCACACAUUAACAAAAAUAUCGGAUUGAAAAAAGUGGAAAAUUUGAUCACCUGCAUAGAGUGAUAUUAUAAUGCAGAUGUUUUGAAAUUUUACUUGCGAUGAAUUCUGCAAACUUAAGCUAUGGAAAUAUGUCCAGUGAGAUAUUGUGUAGACUGUGUGGUCUUCAAUGCGCAGAGUACGUAGAUAUAUACAAAGACAGGGGAAAAGCAAAUCCGAAUUUGAAAAUGGAGAUGAAAAUCUCUUCUUGUUUACAAAUAGCGGUUUCUCGAGAUGAUAUAUUGCCAAAAACUGUCUGUCAAAAGUGCUGUGUAAGAUUGGAGGAGUCUUUUGAAUUUUACCAAACAUCUAAUAAAGUUCAACUGAUUCUCAUGGAAGCGUACAGUUUGCAUUUAACAAAUGAUAAAUGCAAGGAAGAUGAAAUAUUUGAUCAAUGUUCUUGGCAUACUCCGCAAUACACACAAUCGCCAAGCAAUAAAAAUAGUGAAUCUGUAACAGACGAAACAAGUUUAGAAAUUCAAGUAAAUGGCAUCAAACUGGAAAAACAAUGCAGUCGUAUGUUUGUUUUCAUACAGCAUCAAAGGUAUUAUUCCUUUUUUCUACUGAUCCUGAACUUUUCAGAACAAGACAUGAUUGAACUGGUUUCACCACCUUCAUUUGAUGAUAACCUAGCUAAUGGUGAGAGUGAGAUUGGCACGCUUGUUCAUCAGAAAUCUUACCAGCUUAAAAAAUUUUCAAGUUCAAGUGACGCUCCAGCUAGUCCACGUCUUGCAGAUAUACUCAAAGGAUAUCCCUGGCCUUGCACAAUUUGCGUGGAUAGAGUUUUAGAUAGUCCUCAGGCUCUUCGAGAACACUGUCAAAUGGAGCAUCAACAACUCCCAAUAUUUAAGUGCAUCACUUGUGAAAAACAAUAUGAUCAUUACCAGAGUUUUACUAAACACAUAAAACUGCAUCGGGCCACUAAGAGAUAUACAUGUAAAGUAUGCGAAAAAUCGUUUGCACAAAAGACUAUACUCCAAGCUCAUGCUACAGUUCACACGACCGCCAGGCCACAUGUUUGCCAUACGUGUGGUAAGACGUUCAAGAACUUCAGCUCACUCCAAAAUCACGUGAAAAUGCACCUACCAGAUGAAGCAAAAGAAAAAUAUAGUUGUGAAUUCUGUCAGAAAGAAUUUGCUACAAAACACACCUUAGAAACUCAUAGAAAAAUUCAUACAGGAGAGCGAGAUUUUGUUUGCGAUAUUUGCGGCAAGUCUUUCAUUGCCAAAGGAUCAUUGGAUUAUCAUCUUCUGAGUCAUACUGGUGAUAAGAACCAUGUCUGUCCAUCCUGUGGCAAAGCCUUCAAAACUUCUCGCCUUCUCGGUAAGCACAGAUCAGUACAUACAGGGAUAAAACCUCACCAGUGUGACGUGUGCGGGAAACAGUUUCGGGAACGUGGUGCGCUACGGGAACACAGUCGCAUUCACACUGGUGCAAUGCCUUACAGUUGUGAAGUUUGUGGAAAAUGCUUCCGGUUCAAGGGAGUACUAACGGUUCACCAACGUCAGCAUACAGGAGAACGACCCUAUGCAUGUCUGGAAUGUCAAAGGUACUUCACUAAUUGGCCUAAUUACAACAAACAUAUGAAAAGAAUUCAUCAAUAUGAUAUGAGCAAUAAAAAGAACAGUGGGCACCGUUCUAGAUCAUACAAUGUCCAAGUAGAUCUCACCAAUGCGACAACAGACAAAUCUGCUGUUACGGUCGAUGAGAUAAAUCAGAACUCCAAUAUAGCUGAUCAUUCGCCGCAGCAGGUACAUAAUGAAUCUUCCGCCGAAGCUGUGUUGGAUGCCGAUUGAGCUGAGUUGGUACUGAAAGAAAAUCGCAAGAUCAUCAACACCAAAACGUUUCCUCAUGUUAAAAUAACUGCUCAAGUAUUUUAAUCAUAUGGUUACAAAAAGAUUAAUAUGUACAUCCGUAUACGAGAUUACGAGCGAUGUUUUUCAGUAUUUUUAGAAGUACGGGAAAUUUCCGAUACCAUACCAUGCCUUGUUAUCUUCAUUACAACCAACAAUAUACCUAUAUACAUGUACAAUCACAAAUGAUCUGAUUGUGAUCAGGUUUUACGAUAAAGUUUUACGAUUUGGAAGGAUUUGUUGUCAAACAAUGAGCUCAUUCUUGUAACUGAAUAUACCACUCUUCGUACGUUUGUA